GGCCGGACCGGGUCUUGUUCCUCUUGGGCCUCACAUGCUAAAGGGGUCGUGGAAGGAGCAUACAGCCAAGUGCUGUAUCUCUGAAACUCAUUCUGACUUUUCUCUGCUUACCUUCUUCAGCCUCAAAAGAUGCUUCUGAAAACAAAGAAGCUAGUGGAUGAAGAAUCAUCUACAAAGCAAGGUGGUGGUUUUGUAGGAAAAGUUGUAAAGCAACAGAAUAAUGCAGACACAUCGCUGAUAUUGACAGAACACCUUAAAUAUUCUUGCUGGCUUCCAGACAAGCUGCAGGAAUUCCAGGCAUUACUCCAACAGAAGAAAAAGAUGGUAAUCUUCCAGAUAUUGUGAACAGUGGAAGUUUGCAUGAGUUCCUGGUUAACCUGCAUGAGAGAUACGGGCCUGUGGUCUCUUUCUGGUUUGGCAGGCGCCUUGUGGUUAGUUUGGGCACUGUUGAUGUACUGAAGCAGCAUAUCAACCCCAAUAAGACACUGGACCCUUUUGAAACCAUGCUGAAGUCAUUAUUAAGGUAUCAGUCGGAUAGUGGGAACGUGAGUGAAAACCACAUGAGGAAAAAAUUGUAUGAAAAUGGUGUGACUAAUUGUCUGCGGAGUAAUUUUGCUCUCCUGCUAAAGCUUUCGGAAGAAUUACUGGAUAAAUGGCUGUCGUAUCCAGAGUCCCAGCAUGUCCCCCUCUGCCAGCAUAUGCUUGGCUUUGCUAUGAAGUCUGUUACACAGAUGGUGAUGGGCAGUACAUUUGAAGAUGAACAGGAAGUCAUUCGCUUCCAGAAGAAUCAUGGCACAGUUUGGUCUGAGAUUGGAAAAGGCUUUCUGGAUGGAUCACUUGAUAAAAGUGCAACUCGGAAAAAACAAUAUGAAGAUGCCCUUAUGCAACUGGAAUCUAUUUUAAAGAAAAUCAUUAAAGAACGAAAAGGAGGGAACUUCAGUCAGCAUAUUUUCAUUGACUCCUUAGUACAGGGGAACCUUAAUGACCAACAGAUCCUAGAAGACACUAUGAUAUUUUCUCUGGCCAGUUGCAUAAUAACUGCAAAAUUAUGCACCUGGGCAGUCUGUUUUUUAACCACCUAUGAGGAAAUUCAGAAAAAACUAUAUGAAGAGAUUGACCAAGUUUUGGGGAAGGGACCUAUCACUUCAGAGAAAAUUGAGGAGCUCAGGUAUUGUCGGCAAGUGCUUUGCGAAACUGUUCGGACUGCCAAACUGACCCCAGUUUCUGCCCGGCUUCAAGAUAUUGAAGGAAAGAUUGACAAAUUUAUUAUUCCUAGGGAGACCCUUGUCCUGUACGCCCUUGGAGUCGUGCUUCAGGAUCCCAGUACUUGGUCAUCUCCAUACAAGUUUCACCCAGAGCGUUUCGAUGACGACUCUGCAAUGAGAACUUUCUGCUUGCUUGGAUUUUCAGGCGCACGGGAAUGCCCAGAGCUGAGGUUUGCCUACAUGGCGGCCACCGUGCUUCUGAGUGUCCUGCUGAGGAGGCUGCAGCUGCUUUCUGUGCAGGGACAAGUUAUUGAAACGAAGUAUGAACUGGUGACAUCAUCCAAAGAGGAAGCCUGGAUCACUGUCUCAAAGAGAGAUUAAAAUUGGAUGCAUUUAACUUUGUUGAAGAAAAUGAUCAUUUAGAAAAUCUGUAUUGAAUCCUUUUAGAAACCAAGCAUCAUUGUGUAAAAUAAACACCUGUUAAUACUU